AUUCAAUAUAGCUUACGACAAACUCAUCGUUCUAUGAAAGACUCACGUUUACUUUUACAAAAAACGUUGUAGUUCGUUUGAUUCCACUUGUAGCAGAAUCCGAAAUGUGGAACUUUGAAGAAUAAAAACAGACGGAACAUAAAAAAUCAGCCACAGCAACAUAAACUUGAAGUCAAUUUGGGUUUAUGGUUCCAGUAGAAGUUCUUUUUUCUCGCCUUCAAGAAAGAACAAAAUUAACAUGAAAGAUUUGAGGUUUUACGCAUCCUUUGGACAUAUGGACACGCUGUGCACUCCGGUGUUUAUGUAGUAGCGCGUUAUUAUGAGGCGUCAUGGCGUGGUGUGACCGUGGGGUUCCGGUACUGCUGGCCAUCGUGGGGGCUUUUGCGGCUUUCAGCCUGAUGACCAUCGCCAUCGGGACAGAUUACUGGCUGUACUCCCGGGCGUACAUAUGCAACACCACAAAUGCCACCACGGACGACAUGCAAAUGCAACCGAAGAAAACUAAAGGGGACAUGACACACUCUGGUCUUUGGAGGAUAUGCUGCAUUGAAGGUAUCAACAGAGGCAGCUGUUUCAGGAUCAAUCAUUUCCCAGGCGACAACGACUACGACACAGACAGCUCGGAGUACAUCUUACGAAUUGUGAGGGCAUCCAGCCUCUUUCCCAUCCUUAGCACCAUCCUGCUACUUCUGGGAGGCCUGUGUUUGGUAAUAGGAAGGGUCUACAGCAGCAAGAACAAUAUCCUGCUAAGUGGCGGAAUACUGUUUGUGGCUGCAGGCCUGAGCAACAUUAUCGGCAUUAUCGUCUAUAUCUCCAGCAACGCCGGCGACCCCAGCGACAAGCGUGAUGAGGACAAGAAGAACACCUACUCCUACGGCUGGUCCUUCUACUUCGGCGCCCUGUCCUUCAUCGUGGCCGAGUCGGUCGGCGUGCUCGCCGUCAACAUCUACAUCGAGAAGAACAAAGAGAAACGCUUCCGGGCGCGCCGCGAGUUCGUCAAGUCCACUUCCUCGUCUUCGCCGUACUCCCGUAUCCCCAGUUACCGUUACCGCCGGAGACGCUCCCGCUCCAGUUCACACUCAACCGACCCGUCCCGCGAACCUUCGCCGGUGGGGAUGAAAAUGUCGAUGUCUGGAGGCGCGGUCGGAGGGGGAGGGUUCGGGAUGGGCAUGGCGAUGGCAGACAUGGGCAUGUACUCCUUCGCUCGGGACCCCAUGAAGGGCGGGGGUGCAACUGCUGGGUCUUACAGCCCCGAGCAUGACUCCCGAUUCCUACAAGUCCACAACUGCUUCCAGAAAGAUCUUAAGGAUGGCGUCAAUAGGAGGACAACGCCAGUAUGAGUGUUGGAGUGUAUCGUUGUGAUGGACAAAUGAUGGAACUGAAUACAGUAUCAGGAAAGGAGUAAUAGUUGAACAUAAUACAGAAGGUAACAGGACAAUUGGAGUUUCUCCAUGACUGACAGCCCAGACUGGCGUCCAUCUUGAAUGGUCUGAUGUCAUUUGAUGGAAAAAUUAGUCUUCAUGAGGAUAAAUGGGUGGACUGGAACUCCGAUUUAUUGGCCUGCAACUUUAAAUGUUGACAAUAAGAAAACAUAGUUACAAAAAUAAGUAGCAAUAUUUUGUCAAAUGCUGAAGUACUAGUCCCCAAAAUGUUGCCAUAUCCUUUUAUUAGAUGUUUUAAAUAGCUGAAAUAGUUUCCAAGUUAUUCAAAUUGUUGGUGUGAGUGAUUUUUUGCAAAUACAACUGGUGCUAACUGUGUAAUAUCCUUAGGCUUAUCCCAACUACCAUGCUACUACCUGGAACCUACCCAGGCUGCUUGGUAGGCUACUUGUCGACUGCUGAUGUACCUGUAUGUUUGCUGUGUAGGAUUAUCUGAACCACUGCCACAUUCUAAUGAGUGGCGCACAUAUCAUACAGCACAUCGAUGUUUGUAGAUAAGUAGAAUACAGGACAAUAACGAUAGAAUAGUCCACAAUAGAAUAUUCAAUGUAAUGUAUGUUUACAUCUAUAACAUUCCGACGGAGACAGUGAUAGAUUGAUUUCUGUCAAAUGUAUUUAGGCUACAGAUGUCUUAAGUGUUCUAUCAACAGGCUCAGGGACAAUGAAACUAGACAUUUAAAACAUUCAUGUUGUGAAAGACUUUAAUAUUUGAUGUUGUUUUAUGAUCUUCUCUAAAGCCUGACUGACUGUUAAUUGUCUAUAUAUAGAGCAGAGAUCACUUCACGUGUAAACCUUUUUUCAUUCAUUAUUUGGGGCUUGAGUUUGUAAAGUUAUUAAGUUUCCCUACCGGACCAAAUUCCAGUUUCCAUUCAAAGUUAACUUUUUUCGAUUCACGUGUGAUUAAACACGUAACGAUCCAUUGAAUUGGAUACAACCAUUCCCCCGCUUACUCAAAAUCAUCUGUGGCUUUCUGGCAUAGUUGAAGUAGGCCUACCGAGGUAAUUAAGCGUCUAUAGUGGAACUGUUGUGAUAUGCUCUGAUGGCAUGACCAGAAUCCACAGGGUGUCAGAGAAACUGGAAUAAACACACUUCACGCAUGAAUCGUCAAUGAACAGAUUGGCAAAUGCUCCAAUAUCUCCCGACUCAUCCGAAAGCUUCAGCAUACUGCGCACUUGAUCUUGGUGUUACCUUUACAGAUCAUUUGAUUGCAUGGUAUUAUUCAUAUUCCAUGUGAUUCAUUUUAUUAGCAGCAAUCAAAAAAUGGAUUUCCAUUGGUGUUGUAUUUCUUUUACACGGUUGCACUUGUAUUGCCAUAUGAGUAGCCUGUUUACUAAACAGUAUGGUUGUCAGACCUCGACAAUUUUCACUCGGAAUAAGUGGAACAAGCUAUCUUAGUUACGCCAAAAUGGUCCACUGAACAGUACUCUGUUCAAGCCAUGUGGUUUGAGUAAUUCCCCCACAAAUCUCAUUUUACACUUAGCUGUCAGCCAUGCCGAUGCCAAGCCGUCCCUAACCCUUGCAGAUAUUUUUGGCCACGAGAAAGCUUAAUGGCCUUGUCUGCCUGUGAGUUUCCUUCCCCGGUGUUGGAGAGCAAUAACAGGAUAUGUGUUGCUCGUGGCCACAGAGCUGGCCACUGGUUCGAUGAAAUUAUCAUGAAAAGGGAAAAAAGUUCUGAUCAUGUUUAUUAACUUUAGUCAAUCAGCUUUGCAUGGUGGCCUUCCCAGUAAAAAAAAAAAAAAAAGUCUGUGUUGUGUUUGUUCCUUUCAAGGUGGUACUCAGUGUUGAGGUUACUAGCUUCCUCCCUUACAGGCUCUUCCACCUUUCCGACUUCCUCCCACACACCCUUUCCACCACAUAGGGUCUCUUUGACCAUGUAUCUUGCAUUUUAAAAUGGCUG